UUAAAAUUUUCGAUCUGAACAAGUAAUAAGCAAGCCCGUAAAAUAGCAGUUGACCCAAAUCCGAUUACUGGUUACGAGACCCGGAUCCGAUCCUUCGGAGUUUCCUUUUAAUUACACAGAGAGGAGACUCUGGCUGGGAUGGUUUUCGGUUUUACCCUACCCUCGUCUCGCAAGAGGGAGAAGAAGAAGAGGAAGAAAGAUCGUCAGAAAUUUGUUGGUGCUGGCUUUCAGGCUGUUAACUUGACUAUUCAACCUCAUUUAUUAAACAAUAAAUAUGAGACGGCAGGGACAAUAUUCUGAUUCUGGUGCCAAUGCAUAUGGUGCUGCAAGAAUGCAGCAUAUGUCCAGUCAAAGGAUGGAACAGAAUUCUGGUCAUUUUCAAGGACAACUAGAGGCAUUCACCCCUGAGAGAGAACCACAGUUUCCACCAACAAAAACAGAGCGACAAUGGACUUGGGAAAGAGAUGGGUCAAAAGUUCCCAAUCCAAUGGCAUCUCAAAUGUUCAACGAAGGUCAAGGGGUUGAUGCAUCAGGAUCAUUCUUUCAGGGUCUGAGGGCAGAUUCAAAACUAGCUUUAGAGAAACAAAACAAUAGUGAUCCAAGAUCUCGACCUCAUGAAGAAGAUGUGGAUGUUGGCCAUGAGGGCAAGCCUUUAUCAAACAGCUUGGAAGGUCUUGAGCAGAAAUUCAUUGAUGACGUAAAGAAACUAGCAAAGGAACAAAAUGAUGCUGAAGAUGCAGAAAAUGCCAGACAUAGAGAGAAAUUAAAUGCUAUCAAUGCUCAGUAUGUGGAACAGCUAGCUGCCCUUAGAGCCCGACAUGCAAGUCGUAGAGAUGAGUUCCUUCGUAAGGAAUCACAUGCACGACAACAGCAGUACCAGCAAGCCAUGAUGGAGCAUUAUCCGGACAGCAUGGGUCCUGGUGAUCCUCUUGGUUACAGCGGUACUCCAGCUGCAGCUGCUGUUGGCGAAACAUACCGACCUUAUAACUCAGAUCAUUAUGACUCCCACAAAGAGCGGGCUCGUUUUCUAGGUGGUCCAAGGGAUCAUGGGUUUGAGCCCAGAGGUCCAUACCCUGGAGGUCGUGUUUAUGAUACUGGCUCACGCUACUAUUGAGUGAGAUGUUAGAUUAUCUUUGCUUUUCUACCUGCUCUCAGCAUCCAGGUGGUGGUUUAAGAAAGAUGAAGGUUCACUUGAGUUUUAAUCAUAUGAUUUUGCAUUCGUCUUGUUCUCCUACGGGAAAAGCCAGGUUGAAAUAAUGGUAAAUCUGUCCAAAAUUAGAUUGGCUGGAGGAGCUUUUUUAUUUUUUAUUUUUUGUUCAUAACUAAUAUGUAUUUAUGUGUAUGGAAUGGAAUCUAGUGUUUAUAUAUAGCCUGGGACAUUUUUAUAGAGAUUUUGGGAUUAAUAUAUCCAAAUUAAAGUUAAUUA